AUGGCCUUGGUCGUGCACCUGAAGACGGUCACUGACCUGCGGGGCAAAGGAGACCGGAUCGCCAAAGUAGCUUUCAGAGGCCUCUCCUUCUACACCCGAGUGCUCGAGAACUGCGAGGAUGAAGCUCCGUUCGAUGAGACCUUCCGGUGGCCUGUUGCAAGCAGCAUUGACGUCAACGAGAUGCUGGAGGUCCAGGUCUUCAACUACAGCAAAGUCUUCUCCAACAGGCUCAUCGGGACAUUCCAGAUGGUUUUGCAGAAGGUGGUGGAGGAAGGGCAGCUGGAGGUGACGGACACCUUGAUCGAUGAUAACAACGCUUCCAUCCAGACCAGUAUCUCCAUCGAGAUCAGGUACCAGGCCAUGGAUGGCACCGUCGGGGCUUGGAACGACAACGAGUUCUUGGAGAGCCCCAACGCACCCUCGGAGGGAGACCCCCACGAGAUGGACGUCUUGCUGCCCCCCCAGCGGCAGUCUCCCAGCAAGACCAGCGCCGCAGAGAGGGCUCUCCGGAGAGCUGGGAAAGGAGUCUUUUCAGCCAUGAAGCUGGGCAAAGCACGUGGUCAAAAAGAUGACCACCACAGGAAGCAAGAUGAACCUGCAGUCCUGGAAGCCGAAGACCUGGACCGGAAGGCGAUGCGGCUGGGAGGCGGCCUGGACCCAGACACCAUCUCCCUGGCAUCCGUCACAGCUGUCACCACCAAUGUAUCCAACAAGAGAUCCAAGCCAGAUAUUAAAAUGGAGCCCAGUGCUGGGAGGCCUAUGGACUACCAGGUCAGCGUCACGGUCAUUGAGGCGCGGCAGCUGGUGGGGCUCAACAUGGACCCCGUGGUGUGCGUGGAGGUGGGGGACGAGAAGAAAUACACGUCCAUGAAGGAAUCAACCAACUGCCCCUAUUACAAUGAGUACUUUGUCUUCGACUUCCACGUUCCCCCAGACGUCAUGUUCGACAAAAUCGUCAAGAUAUCGGUGAUUCACUCCAAGAACCUCCUGCGCAGUGGAACCUUAGUCGGCUCCUUCAAGAUGGAUGUCGGAACCGUUUACACCCAGCCAGAGCACCAGUUCUACCACAAGUGGGCGCUCCUCUCGGACCCGGAGGACAUCACCGCAGGGCUGAAGGGUUAUGUGAAGGUGGACAUCGCGGUGGUGGGCAAAGGGGACAACAUCAAGACGCCCCACAAGGCCAAUGAGACGGAUGAGGAUGACAUUGAGGGAAACCUGCUCCUUCCCGACGGCGUCCCUCCGGAGAGGCAGUGGGCUCGCUUCUACAUCAAGAUCUACCGGGCAGAGGGUCUCCCGCGCAUGAACACCAGCAUCAUGGCCAACGUCAAGAAGGCCCUCAUUGGAGAGAACAAGGACCUGGUGGACCCCUAUGUCCAGGUCCUCUUUGCAGGACAAAAGGGGAAAACCUCGGUCCAGAAAAGCAGCUAUGAGCCCACGUGGAACGAGCAGAUUGCCUUCACGGAAAUGUUCCCCCCACUGUGCAAGCGGAUCAAGGUCCAGAUCCGCGAUUCCGACAAGGUCAACGACGUGGCCAUUGGGACCCAUUUCAUCGACCUCAGGAAGAUCUCCAACGAAGGCGACAAAGGCUUCCUGCCCACGUUUGGCCCUGCCUGGGUGAACAUGUACGGUUCCACGCGCAACUACACCCUGAUGGACGAGCACCAGGACUUGAACGAGGGCCUGGGCGAAGGGGUUUCCUUCCGUGCCCGCCUCCUCCUCAGCCUGGCGGUGGAAAUCUUGGAUACCAGCAACCCAGAGCUCACCAGCUCCACUGAAGUCCAAGUUGAGAUGGCCACGGCAGUUGCCGACAACUGCACAGGCAAGAUGGACGAGUUCUUUCUCUUUGGAUCCUUCCUGGAGGCUACCAUGAUUGACAGGAAAAAUGGAGACAAGCCCAUCAACUUUGAGGUCACCAUAGGCAAUUACGGCAAUGAAAUCGACGGGAUGUCCAAGCCCAUGAUCAAGAAGAAGAAAGAUAGUGGAGGAGAUGGCAACGAGGAAGAAUCUCAGCUGCUGGAGAACGAGAGUGACGAGGAAAGCACAGACGACGGAGAAUUUGUCUCCAUCUCCUCUUCUCCACCUUUGAGGCCUUUGAUCACCGACAGGAACUACUUCCACCUGCCAUACUUUGAGAAGAAGCCGUGCAUCUACAUCAAGAGCUGGUGGCAGGAUCAGCGGAGGCGUCUCUACAACUCCAACAUCAUGGACAAGAUUGCGGACAAGCUGGAAGAAGGCUUGAAUGACGUUCAUGAGAUGAUGAAGACUGAGAAGCCCCACCCGGAACGGCGCCUCCGAGGGGUCCUGGAGGAGCUGAGCAGUGCAUGCCUGCGGUUUGUGACCCUCUCCAACAAGGACCAGAACCAUUCCUCCCGGACGCGGCUGGACCGGGAGAGGCUGAAAUCCUGUAUGCGGGAACUGGAGACAAUGGGCCAGCAGGCCAAGACCAUGCGAUCCCAGGUCAAGAAAACCACCAUCAGGGACAAGCUGAAGCAGGCGCAGAACUUCUUGCAAAAGCUGCGGUUCCUGGCAGAUGAGCCCCAGCACAGCAUCCCGGACGUCUUCAUCUGGAUGAUGAGCAACAACAAGCGCAUCGCCUAUGCCCGCAUCCCCUCCAAGGACAUCCUCUACUCCAUCGUGGACGAGGAAACGGGGAAGGACUGCGCCAAAGUGAAGACCGUCUUCCUCAGGUUACCGGGGAAAAAGGGUUUUGGGCCAGCCGGCUGGACGGUUCAAGCCAAGAUGGAGAUCUAUUUGUGGCUGGGGCUCAACAAACAUCGCAAGGACUUCCUCAGCGGCCUGCCCUGCGGCUUUGAGGAGAAGAAACUUCCCAAGGGCCAGAACAUCCCUUCCUUCCCACCCAUCAGCCUCCUGUACAGCAUGAAGCAGGUCUUCCAGCUUCGUGUCCACAUGUACCAAGCCAGGAGUCUCUUCGCUGCCGACAGCAGUGGCCUCUCCGACCCCUUUGCUCGCGUCUUUUUCAUCACGCAGAGUCAGUGCACAGAGGUCCUCCAAGAGACACUUUGCCCCACAUGGGACCAGUUGCUGGUGUUUGACAACGUGGAACUAUAUGGGGAAGUCCAUGAGAUGCGGGACGACCCUCCCAUCAUUGUCAUCGAGAUCUAUGACCAGGACACAGUGGGAAAGGCUGACUUUAUGGGCCGAACGUUUGCCAAGCCCGUGGUGAAGAUGUCGGAUGAGGAGUACUGUCCGCCCCGCUUCCCACCCCAGCUAGAGUACUAUCAGAUCUACCGGGGCAACUCCACCGCCGGGGACCUGCUGGCUGCCUUCGAACUGCUCCAGAUUGGCCCAGCCGGGAAGUCAGAGCUGCCUCCCAUUGACGGCCCCACAGACAUGGAUCGGGGCCCCAUCCUGCCUGUGCCUUUGGGAAUCCGCCCUGUGUUGAGCAAAUACAGAGUGGAGAUCUUGUUCUGGGGGCUGAGAGACCUGAAGCGCGUGAACUUGGCCCAGGUGGAUCGGCCUCGAGUGGACAUCGAAUGUGCCGGGAGGGGAGUCCAGUCGUCCCUCAUCCAGAACUACAAGAAAAACCCCAAUUUCAGCACCUUGGUCAAAUGGUUUGAAGUGGAUCUGCCUGAGAACGAGCUUCUUCAUCCCCCCCUGAACAUCCGCGUUGUGGAUUGCCGCGCUUUUGGGCGUUACACCCUCGUGGGCAGCCACGCUGUGAACUCCCUGCGGAAAUUCAUCUACAGGCCUCCGGAUAAGAAAGCCCAGCACUGGAGUACAGCAGCUAAGCUCAUGAGUGCCUAUGCAGCCCUGGCCAACGGAGGACCCAUCUCUCACCCCACAGGGGAAAUCGUGGUUAACAUGGAGCCCGAGGCCCCCAUCAAGAAGAUGGAGACCAUGGUCAAGCUGGAAGCGAACUCUGAUGCGGUUGUGAAAGUGGAUGUGUCGGAAGAAGAGAAGGAGAAGAAGAAGAAAAAGAAGAAGAAAGGGGGUGCAGAGGAGGAGGAGGACGAUGAGCCUGACGAGAGCAUGCUGGACUGGUGGUCCAAGUAUUUUGCUUCCAUCGAGACGAUGAAGGAGCUGCUUCGACAGCAGGAGGCGGCUGCGGCGGAAGCGGAAGAGAAGGAUGAGAUGGAUAUGUCUGAGGGCUCCAAGGGCCAAGGGAAGACCAAGGAGAAAGUCAAGGCCCCAAAAGAGGACAAGAAGAAGAAGCAGCAACAGGGGCAGCCGCCGACAUCUGAGGGUCCCGAGAAGAAGAACAAGCAGAAGAUCGAUGAGCUUAAGGUGUUCCCCAAAGAGCUGGAGACGGAAUUUGACAGCUUUGAGGACUGGCUGCACACUUUCAGCCUCUUUCGGGGGAAGAUUGGCGAUGACGAUGACCACGCAGCCGACGAGGAUCGUAUCGUGGGCAGGUUCAAGGGCUCCAUGUGCGUCUACAAAGUGCCACUCCCUGAUGACAUCACCAAAGAGGCGGGGUACGACCCAAAUUUCGGCAUGUUCCAGGGCAUCCCAAGCAACGACCCCAUCAAUGUGCUGGUCCGGGUCUACGUGGUGAGGGCCACCGAUCUGCACCCCGCCGACAUCAACGGCAAAGCUGACCCAUAUGUCGUCAUCAAGCUGGGGAAGACGGACAUCAAGGACAAGGAGAACUACAUCUCCAAACAGCUGAACCCCAUUUUUGGAAAGUCGUUCGACAUCGAGGCCACUUUCCCCAUGGAAUCGAUGCUGACAGUGGCUAUUUACGACUGGGAUCUAGUGGGCUCCGAUGAUCUGAUUGGCGAGACCAAGAUCGACCUGGAGAACCGAUACUACAGCAAGCACAGGGCGACCUGUGGGAUCACCCAGAACUAUUCCAUCCACGGUUACAAUAUGUGGCGAGACCCUCAGAAGCCCACCCAGAUCUUGUCCAAGUUAUGCAAAGAGGGGAAGCUGGACGGGCCCCACUACGGCCCUGGCGGCAGAGUGAAGGUGACCAACCGGGUCUUCACGGGACCCACAGAAGUGGAGGACGAAAACGGCCAGAAGAAACAGACGGACGAACAUCUAGCGCUGACUGUCUUGCACCACUGGGAGGAGAUCCCGCGUGUGGGCUGCAAACUGGUGCCAGAACACGUGGAAACGCGGCCCUUGCUGAACCCGGACAAGCCAGGCAUUGAGCAGGGACGGCUGGAGUUGUGGGUGGAUAUGUUCCCCAUGGACAUGCCGGCACCAGGACCCGCCAUUGACAUAUCGCCGAGGAAGCCAAAGAAAUACGAGCUUAGAGUGAUAGUGUGGAACACAGAUGAGGUAGUCCUGGAGGACGAUGAUUACUUCACUGGCGAGAAAUCCAGUGACAUUUUUGUCCGGGGAUGGCUGAAGGGGCAGCAAGAAGACAAGCAGGACACAGACGUCCACUAUCACUCGCUGACCGGCGAGGGGAACUUCAACUGGCGUUACCUCUUUCCUUUCGACUACCUUGCGGCUGAGGAGAAGAUUGUUAUCUCGAAGAAAGAGUCCAUGUUCUCCUGGGACGAGACCGAGUACAAGAUUCCGGCCCGACUCACGCUACAAGUGUGGGACGCCGACCACUUUUCCGCCGAUGACUUCCUCGGAGGCAUUGAGCUUGACCUGAACCGCUUCCCACGUGGCGCUAAGACCGCCAAGCAGUGCAGCAUGGAGCUGGGGACGGGUGAGAUUGAGGUGCCCAUGGUCUCUAUCUUCAAACAGAAGAGGGUGAAGGGCUGGUGGCCCUUCUUGGCACGAGACGAGAACGACGAAAUGGAGAUGACGGGAAAAGUGGAGGCCGAGCUUCACCUCCUGACGGCCGAGGAAGCCGAGAAAAGUCCGGCCGGGCUGGCUCGUAACGAGCCCGACCCAUUGGAGAAACCCAAUCGUCCGGAUACAUCCUUCAUCUGGUUCCUGAACCCGCUCAAGUCCAUACGGUACCUUAUCUGCACCCGCUACAAGUGGCUCAUCAUCAAGAUCGUCUUGGCCCUCCUGCUGAUCAUCAUGGUGGCCCUUUUCCUGUACUCCAUGCCCGGCUACAUGGUCAAGAAGCUCCUUGGAGCAUGAGGAGGAAGCCACCUGCACCCUGCCCCCCCCCACUUUCGGAGCCUGUUGUUCUUGGUCAUCGCCGGCUCUUGUUUGUGUUUCUUUUUUGUGACUUCCUUGUGUUUCCUCUCGGGAAAUAUUUGGGGGGGGAUGGGGGCAGCAGGAGCUCAAAAUUUGCUCCGCAGUGUUGGGGAAGGGGGAGAAAGGAGAUUUCUUUACUCUCUCCCCCCCCCCCCCGACAUGAGCUUUAUAUCCUCAGCAAUUCUUCUCAGCCUCUCCAGCCUAAGUCUUUGGAACUGGAGAGCCUUGCAGUCUAAGGACUCCUGUCUCGCACCCAUCUUGCCUCAACUGGAGAAUCCUCCACCAUUGAACCCACGAGGUGGCGCCACCUCAGUCUGUGCUCUGUGUGGAUUUGACAUGUUCACCUGUCUCUCCCUCCUUUUCCCGUUGUUUUUCCUUCCGCAGCAAAACUCGGCACGAGGCUCUGGGAAUGCAAGGGCCUUCUCCUCCUUGCGCUAGGUGUGAUGUGAUCCGCUGAGAUUCUGGCGCCCCUGGUUGCUGCCCAAUGCUGCCGUUUUCUUUAUUGAGGCUACCCCCCUGGCCCACCACAGACGGGCACAGCUUCCUGCUGGUUCCCAGCCUGGUAGGGAGAAUGGAGGCAUUUGCCGUGCUGGAGCAAUGCCUACCCACAUUUUCCGAGGGCGAGCACAAAUCAGGAGCUUAGUCGGUUCAUCGGCUGCAGGUGCUGCGAGAAGAUGGGGUAUCUCCCCCAGACGGGAGCAAGCGUAACAGCCGACAGUGCAAUGAUACACGUGUGUCUGCUCAGAAGCAAGUCCCACUGAAUUCACCGAUCAGUAGGCUGAGGAUUGCAGCAUAUAAAAGACUGAGCUGCAAAUCCACCGAUCCCCAAGCCAGGAGUUCCCAAUUUAGGCAGCCUGCUUUGCCAGCCCCCUCUGCAGUUUGAGGAUAACAGUACUCGUACCAGGCUCUCAUGCAGAUUUCACCAAGAUAAGCUCGAAAAGUGCUAGAUAAGUACUAAAUAGGACCAUUAUUCAUUGGAUGAUAAGCGCAGACAGUUCUCGCUUGGUCCUCGGCUCUUCAAGAAUACCCCGUAAGCCUGGCAGGGGUGGUGCUUGGAAACACCCAGACACACGUGUGUGAGCACAGAGCAAUAACAUGUGGAGAUGGGGGAGGGACUCCAGUCACCAAAUUUUCUAGUCCCUCAGCCCUUUGAUGGGCUAGCUAUGAUCUUCAGCCAAGCUCCCUAGCCACUUGAACCCUGGUUGGGGCAGGGAGAAGGAAACAGGCUCGAGGACAUUUUCUGAUGACCGAGUCCAAAGCAGCCUUUCGUGGCUGGUGACUCAACGGGAAGGCGAGGGACAACCUGCUUCCCAGACCAAGACAUCCCAAUCCCUAGUAACUGAAAUAUUCAUGUCUCGUCUUUCCUCAAUCAGUGGAGGGUUCCAGUAAGUGGUUUUUAUUCUCAUCUAACGGAUGCACAGCACAUUCUUCAGGGUUGAGACGGUAUACGGAGAAGGCACAUCCUUUUGAAACAAGGGAUUGUCGGUGAAACCCUUAAAGUAGGGGGGUGAGGCUUAAGGAUGCAGCUUGCUUCUCAAAGCGAAUCCGCUGAUUGAGACAGGCAAAGCUAGAAA